AUGGAACUAACAGAGGAGGAGAAGCGGGUGUUGGAGGCCUUCAGGAAUUUGGAAGUGAAGCCAACAGCAGACACCUCUGCCGACCUGCGCCAAUGGGCGACAGGGUACGCUGCGACAAGGGAUGGAGUGGAGGCUGCCCCGCUGAAUGCCAGCGGACCACAGACACCGCGACUGCCGCCAUUCUCCGGGGGCAAGAACGACACAGCGCUGGACCUGUGGAAGUAUGAACUGAUGUGUUUGCGGGGGCGGUAUACAGACGCUGUUGUGUUGGAGGCUGUCCGCCGUUCUUUGAGAGGCGAGGCGGCCAGAGUGGCUAUGCGUCUGGGCCCGCACGCGACAUUGAACGAGCUGUUGCAGAAAUUUGACAGUAUUUUUGAUCUCGUGGUGUGUGACCAAGACCUACUCGGGUCCUUCUACACUGCGCGCCAGGAGGCCGGGGAGAAUGUCACGCAGUGGCGGUGUCGCAUAGAAGACAUCCUGACACAAGCCCUGAGUGCGCGCCUGAUCGAAAGACGCGCAUACAGCGAGACGCUGCGCUGCAGACUGUGGGGAGGCCUACGGCAACCCCUAAAGGAUCGAACUGCCUACAAGUUCGAAAUGGAGACCGACGUGGACGCUCUAUUUCGCAGCUUAAGGCAGGCCGAGCAGGAGGCCGAGGGACCAGCACCAAAGACAGGCGCUGGAAAGCAAGCGGCGGUCAACGCUGCACAAGCCAUCCCGGCCGAAGACUGGGGUGCAGAGGUGAGGAAGCUGUCGGCCGAGGUGCAGUCGUUGCGGCGCCAACUGCAACAAGGACCACGCAACGAGCCUGCGGCUGGCAAGGCGUUAAACCAGCGGCCACCACGCUCCAGCUACGAGGACGACGGGCCUACAUGCUUCAGGUGUGGCGGCAAGGGCCACAUCAAAGUGGGGUGUCGCAUGCGCAUUGACCAUCUGCGCAAGCCCCUAAACUACAGGCUGACCUGCAGAAAGGGGCAACGGGUUGACCAGCGUCCGCCGGCACACGGCCCGCUGGCGAGAAAACAUUGA